CGGCGGGCAGUUUAAACCACCGGAUGUGACGUUUAGGAGAAAACGUUGAGGUUGGCAUGGAUUUCUGAUCACAAACAAAACUCCGGAGGAUCGAUUCAACCCGGUUCAACAUUUACCUGAUCAAUAAAUCCUCGUCAGUUUAACGUUUUAAAGUGGCGAUGGUAGCGGAGGCAUUUGACCGACGCACGGACGCUAGCAGCGUGGCUAACGGAGGAGCUAACUGCUGAAUCUGAAUCUGAAUCUUUGAUGUGAAAUGAAGAGAAAAGUGUCUCAGUUAAGGCUCAGCCCGAACGAGGAGGCGAGGUUAAUACGGGAGGAGCACGAACGGAGGAGAAAGCUGCGGAUACAGCAGGUGCGGGAGCAGCAGCGGUACUUUGCGCUGCAGAUCCGCAGAGAGGUCGAGCAGAGACGUCAGCGUGAGUUGGAGCAGCUCGGGGAGGAGCUGAGGGAGGACUGGGAGCGACAGCAGAGGGAGAAACUCCACACGCUGCAGAAAUUAUACCAGGAGAGCCUCCAGCUUCUCGGUCAGGGCCAUAGGAGUGCAAAAGAAAACGAACCCGACUUGGCAGCCAUAGCUCAGAGGAAGGAGGAGAAUCACACCAAAGCAGAGGAGCGUUUUCGAGAAGCCCUGAUUGAGCUCAAAUCCCAGAGGCUUAAAGACCAUGAGAGGCAAAGCCGAUCCAUCAACGCCAGGAGGAAGGCACUACAGGCAGAAAAGGAAAGAUCAGCAAAAGUGGCCAGCCUCCCACCGCCACCCCCAAACCCCAUUCAGAACAUCGAUUCCAAGAAGCCACAAGUCGUAAAGAAAUCUGAUGUGAGUGCCUUCGCUGCCACGCAUUACCACAUGCCUGAAAGCACCGUGGACAGAGAGGUAGACACAAAUCAGCCUAACGCCCAUGAAGGAGCUGAGCUGGAGCUGAGGAGACUGCAGGACUUACAGAAGGAAGAAAUGAGGAGGAGAGAGGAGCAGCUUGAGAAGGCUCAUCUCAGAGGGAAGCAGGCUCUGAGGAGGGAACAUCUCGUGCAGGAUCGCAACCGCUUGCUUAAUGAACUGGAGCACAUGCAGCAGACAGACCUGCUGAGGAGGAGACAGCAGGUGUCACAGAUGCCUCCUCAGAUCUUCCAGCCUCUCUGUAAGAGACAGGAGACAAGGGAGGACUUCCAGAGGGAGAUGGAGUUUGCCUUUGAGGACAUGUAUACUGGAGAGAGGAGGGUUAAAGGUGACCUGGUAAUCCAGUUGGUACCGGAGCCUCUGCCAGCCCUGUCCACGGGCAGCCAAGACCAAGAGCUGGACGUCACACUGGAUGAAGUCCCCACACCGGGAACAGAAGACACGCAACAAGAAGCCAGAAUCACUGAGCAGGAAACAUCUGCUGAAGCGGAGCCCUCCAGACCUGCUCCUAGACGAGCGUUGAGGAAACUCCUGGAUCGUAUCAGGAGCCAGAGGACCCAGUGGACUGACAGCAAAAGUCGCGUUUCUGCAGCCGAUUCACAGACCGCCAUCACCGAUCAGAUCCCAGAGCGGGACACAACCAUCGACACAGGCUCUCUGACCAGCGAGGAGAAACUGUCCUCCACUGAGCGCCUUGAGCCUGCCCACUCACCACCUGCGUUGGAAAGGACAGAGAGGUCAACUGCGGCAGAUACUCUACUUCCUGAUGUACUUGCCAACAGAAUCCAAGAGUUUACAGAAGAACGGAGGAAACGGGAAGAAGAGCUCGAGAGGGAGAAGCAGCAGCAGGUGGUUUUGCUGCAGGAGUUGGAAGAGCAGAAGGCCAAAUUGGAGCAGAUGCUGCUUGAGGCUCAGCAGGAGAGAGAACAUCUGAAGGCUGCUGUGACCCAGGAAGUACCUGUUAACCAACCAGAAGUACCGGUCCAUGACCAGGAAGUCACCUCCGUCACCUCCGUUACCUCUAGUCUAGCCACCGAGCUGGUGCCUCCUCCAGGUGAAGAUGACCACACCAGAAGGAUUCGAGAAUAUCAACAGCGACUGCUGGAACAAAACAGAAUACACCAGAGAUCAGUGGAAGUGGCUCGCCAGCGCCUGGAAGAAUACCAGCGAGCUCUGCAAAUUCGGUACAAUAUGACCGCCACAACGUUGCUGCCUCCAGGCCUCAUUCACUCACCUCUGCACAGUACUCGACCUGUACAUCUUCCAACUUCUCUGCAACUCCCUACCACUCCUGCAGUGCCUGCAUACAACCAUGCCAAACCACAAACCUCUGAAGUUCCCACAAGAGAGUCUAACAUGUUGGCUUCACUUCUCCAUCUUCCUGGCUCCAGUUUGAGGGUUCGCUCCAGGUUGCUGCCAGAUGAAGUGGAAUCUAUUUCGAACAGCCCCAGGAACCAGAGACCAGAUGUCACUCCCUGGCUGACCGAUAAUAUAAUGGAGAGAGUGACAGAGCACCUUCCAGAAGGCGUGAGACCCUUCCUGGCCACCAAAGAGCCAGUGCCUUACAAACAGUUCACAACACAUCACCCAGCAAGCAUCCCACUCCAGCCAACCUCUGAUCCCAUCCAAGUAAUUAGCUCGAGAAUAACAGAUGGUGCACCUCUGGUUCUGGGCCGUGCAGCAGUUAGGCUACAGGGCUCCUUGCAGACUGAGUCCCUGAGCUCCAGAGAGGACGACAUGGAGAGGCAGAGACGGGAGCUGCUGGAGGUUCAGAGACGGGAGGUUCAGAGACGGGAGAUUCAGCGAAGAGAGCUGCUGGAGGUUCAGCGACGGGAGCUUCAGGAGGUUCAGAGACGGGAGCUUCAGGAGGUUCAGAGACGAGUGCUGGAGCAGAGGGAGGCAGUGAUGCUGCAGCAGAGGCAACAAGAAGAGGAGAGGAAGAGACAGGAAGUGGAGAUGGAGCAGAUGAGGCGACAAAAGGAGGCUUUGCAGGCUCUGAUUCAUACUGAUGCACAACCACAGCCAGUUCCAGAGGCUGCCAGUGAAGUGUUGGUUUCAGACAACGGUCAGACCCGCCUCAAAUUACUUGCGUGCCUGCUGAAAGCUAUUGAGGAGACUAAUGGAGGAACUUUAUCACACCUAGAAGACCCUCAGGAGAACGAUGGCUCCCCUCAACCGCCGUCUAACAGUAGUGAAACAGAUCCGAUCUCUCAGAGCAAUGUUCCUGCUGGACCUUCCCCAUCGUUUGUCCUCCCUUCAGCACUCCUUCCUCCUCCUCGAGCAGGAAAGCCUCCGGUGACCCGUGUCAGGCUGGGCGUCAUGGAGCUGAUGACUGAACAACAUGAGCUCAGUGCUAUUCAAGAGGUGGAGUCGCCAGGCAACACCAGCCAAGUCACAGGCCUGGAUGAAACUAUGAAGGUUCCUUCACAUACUGCGGACUGGGAUCCACAGGAGGAAUCUGAAUCAUCUGUGGCCUCUGAUGCAACUCUGCAGACACCCUCUUGGUCCAGCAGUGGGCAGCAAACUGUUGAAAGACUAACUGACCAUGAGAGACGGCUGAUGAGGGCUGGAACAUCUCCAGAAUCCUCCCAGUCUGAUUCAGUGCUGAGGAUAAUGUCACCGCUUUCCUCCGACUCUGGGAGAGGAGCUGACUACUCUGGUCCUGCAAUCACAAGCUACAGAUCCCCCACAGAGUCUGCAUGUAGGCCUCCUGAUUUUGACUGUCUCUCCUCCACCACCAUCUCCACGGGCAGCUACGUCACCACUGAUCCUGAGCAGAAUGUAAACACAGUUAAAUCCCCGGACCUCAGACGUUGUGUGGAACCAGGACAAGGAGCAGAUUGUCUCAAUGUCUCCUCUCCGUCCAGUCAGAGCUCCAGUAUUAAGGACAGCUCUGGCUGUCGGUCAGGUGCGGCUGUAGGCGAUCUGUUUAACGACAGCAGCAUCCAGCGCAUUAUAGACAAAUACACAAAGGAGCUUAACAUCUCCCUCAGCACCACUGGGAAAACCACAGACAGUGAAGGCUCAUAUGUGGAUGAACCUGACCCUUCAGUUCCUCUGCAGUCUUUGGUUCGAGCCCCGGAGAGGAGAGAGGACAAUGAAAGCUCUUCAGCUCGUCAAUCACUUCCCUCAGACACAGCAGGGACACACAGGACAGACCUGGAAUGGGACAAUAAAGUCAAUCCAGUCCUGGAGCACCUCUCAGGUGAGGACCCAUCCCUGGCCGAGGACUCUUUCAGACCCCUGAUUGGCCAGCUGGCAGACCAGUCCUCCUGUUUGGCUGCUGACCAUAGGGACUUGGCCAUGGAGCAGCUGGUUGGUCAACCAUCAGCGCACUCGUCUCUGAUCGGUCAGUUACCAGGUCUGCCGGUUUCAGUGAGUUUGGAUCAAGCUGGAUGGGAUUCCACUCUGAGUCGGAUGAUCGGUCGACUCUCCCAUCAGUCCAGCUCACACUGGCUGAGUGGUGGACGCGACUUUUAUGCGGGUCAGCUGAUGGCUCAGAUGGCGUCGGAGCAGUCGACCACAUGGUUGGAGGAAGGUCCAGAGGGGAGCCGGAUGAGACCGCUGGUUGGGGAGCUGGAUGAGUCUGCUGGCCAGCACAGUGGAAGCUCAGGUGAAAGAACCCACGUGGAUCUUGGUGUUUCGACUGAGGCCAGCGUGCAGUCAUACCCAGCGUUGCCUCCUGAAGCCUCGUCACACAGUUCUUCUGUCCCGGGUGUGAGUCCACACGCACAAGACCAGACGCUGCAGAGCCAAACCAGUCUAAUGGACCUGGGCCCCGAGAGGAGUGAAGUCUUUCCAAGCUCGGACUCAUUCCACCCGUUACUGGCUGAAGUCACCCACAACGAAACAGCAGACGCCUGCAUGACCUUUCACCUGCCCGUACACGAUGUGCCAAACUCUCCUGAAGGACAGUCAGCCAGCUGGGAACGCAGCGUCUCCACAACUUCUGAAGAGUUUGAAACCCCCGACGGUCCUUCUGUUGAGUCUGAACCGUCUCCUGAGCGACUUAGAACAGAGGAGCCGUCCAGCUGCGUGACUGCUUCCCACGCCUUACACGAAUCUGCCUCCCAGCUCAUCACCUCCCAGUACCACCCCCAGGAGUCUGACGUGGAGAUAACCGCACAGAGUCUGUCAAAUCUAACCCUGUGUGAUGAUGCUUCUACUCCCAGCAUGCCGCAGACAGACGUAGGAGACAGAAGCUGCAUUUCUGAGAGGCAUGAAGUCCCAUUCAGCGACCUUUGUGUUGGAGAACUGAAGUCUGAGCAGGGUUCAAACCUGCGGAGUGCUGUUCCUAACUCAGAGGAGAUACUGGAAGCUGCCAGUGAGAAGGGGAUCCUGGAGCAGUCAGAUAUAACGCUAGUGAGCCUGACUGACACCACGCUGCAGGACCAAGAGACAACGACCACUGAUGAAGAGGGAGUUUGGGAAGACCAACAUCCAGAUGUGGUUGUGGUGGAGGAAGGACAGAAAGGCCAAGAGACAGAGGGGUCAGAAUCCACAUUGUUACAGGAUGAGACUCCACAGGACAAGGACCAAACGGAUGCAGUGAUGCUCCUGGAGUUUCAGUGGGGUCCUAUCAGAGCCACGCGGGAGGUCAACCAGCAGAAGCGCACAGCUCUGCUCCAGAGAUCAUCCCGCAGGGUGGAAGACAUCAAGGCCAGACGGGCUCUUGCCAAGAUGCUGCCUGAGAGCCGAGCUCCAUCUGAAGCCGGAGAGCAGUCUGAAGCUAAGGGCUCUCAACCAGUCACCUGUAAGGCAAAGACAAAGUCAGAACCUCAACAUAACAUUAACACCAAGUCAAAGGGAGGACAGACUCAGCAGCAACAAACUACUGACAAAUCUGGCUUCAUCAAGCAGAAAAAGACCCAGCUUCCCCCUCCAGUGAGCGAAUCCAGGCUGAAACGAGUGGACGAGAUGAAGAUCUGCCCGCCGGAGAAAAGGAAACUAGAUGUUACUGAGAUGCACCAGAGAACUCAAAGGCUGUAUGAGCGGCUGGAGGAGGUGAAGCAUCAGAAGGCAAUCAGGAGCAGACAGGAGGCUUACGCAAAAAACAGACUGAAGGCCAAAGAAUUCCACAUGAAAACGUUACAGAAACUUCGUACCAAACAGACUCCGCAGUGACUUUGAAUAUGUUCUGCUUUUACUUUUGUAAAAAAUUAAGUUAUUUUGUAGUUUUAUCAAUAAAGCAUUUUAAGUUAUUUGAAUCUA